CUGUAAAAAGUUUAUUCAUGGAUAAAAUCAAAUGGAGCUCGUAACAAUUUUAGAUUAACAAUGAAAAUAAACGAAAAGAAUUUGUGCGCUUUUGCAGUUUCGGCGACGCCAGUCGACAAAGAAGGUUAUUUAAACAAAAGGGGCGAAGUAAACAAGAAUUUCCAAAAGCGCUAUUUCAUUUUGAAGGGCAACUUACUAUUUUACUUUGAAAAGAAGGGAGAUAAAGAACCGCUGGGAGUAAUCAUUCUUGAAGGAUGUACAAUAGAAUUAUGUGAGGACGAGGAGCAGUUUUGUUUUAAAAUUGAAUUUCAUGGAACCAACAACAGAAGUUAUAUUUUGGGCGCCGAAAGUCAAGAGUCUAUGGAACAGUGGAUGAAAGCUUUAGCAUGUUCAAGUUAUGAUUACAUGAAAUUAAUGGUGGCCGAGUUACAGAGACAAUUAGACGAUAUUGAAGAAACUCCGAUUAAUGUACCAGUAGCUCAAAACUCUCCUGUACCUCCUCCAAGGACCAGGCACAAUCCAUUUAACAAGCCGGACAAUAAUCCCCACCAGAGAUCGCACAGUAUGAGGUCGUCGAAUUCUGAUUUGGUUCAAAAAACUAAAACAGGUCGUUUAGAUGAUACACAACGGUGGUCCGAACCACCUAGCACUUCAACUGCGUCAGCGCCCAAGAUUAGUAUCACGUUCAGGGAGCUGCACAAUUCCUACGGUAGGCCUGUACUCAAAGAUUUAAAUUUGUGGCGGCAUCAACAGAAAGAGAAGGCAGAGGGCGCGGUUGAGAAUCUGAUUAGUUUAUAAUGAUAUGCCCGACAUUAUUUAUUUUUAAUCUUAAUGUGUAAAGAAGCCAAAACUUUAGUAUAGUAAAGGGUCGAACCAGGCUAUCGGCCGAUGACUUGAACGCUUAGUGUCGCACACGCUCCCUUGUCGACUUUUAACGAGGAAAGACUGAAAAUAGUUCAAAUGUACCAGAUACAUUUGUCGAUAGUAUUGACGAAUAACAAGCAGAUACAUUUCAUACUUUCGUAGUAGUUUAAGAUGUUGAUGUAGGUUGAGCAUGAGUUGGUUUAGUUGUUUCAUGUUCGACAAGUGAUAUAUUUUUGGGUAAAUUUAAAAACGAGUAGUAAAAAAAUUGUAAAUUGCCGCUUAAAAGCAACUAAUACAUAUAAAAAAAAUAGCAAACAGCUUUUCCGGCACCUAAGUUGGAUAAAAGAUUCCAAGUCAUUUUCAAAAAAAAAUUUCAAAAAAUUUGACAUUAUGGGAGAUUUAUUUUUAAAACUGGAACGGGACCGAUGGCAGUACAGUACAAUUUUAAGAGCAAGUCGUGAUCCGCUUUGCUGUCAUUCAUGUUACGUCCCCACGUUUAGCCCUCCCAGGAUUUUGGGAGUAGUUGAAACGAACCGUUAUUGAACUUAGAUUGAAAAUGAAACCAUUUUAUUUAUUACUCGUAGAGCAGGUUUAUUAAUAAUACCUAAUUUAUAUGUAUAUAAUUAUUUAUAAAGUUAUUAACAUUUCAUGUGUAUUUCACUAAAUCAACUAAUGUCAAUAAAAUAUUUACAAAUUUAUUUAACUAGUUAAUAUUUCCCCAAUUCCCUAAAAUUGACAUAUCAUCCUUACAACAAUAAACUAUUUAUUUACAAAGGUUGGGCGCUCUCGGGGGAGGGAACGCGCGUUUUGCUCGUUUAAAAAGAAACACUUACUAAAAACAACAAUCCUAAAACCUGUCCAGUUAAGAAAAAUAUAUAAUAUGCAAAUGUCGUUUAAAUAAGUAUAUAAAUUAUACAUAUAAAAAAAAUACAAAGUAAGGGGGGGGGGAGAAAGACAAAGUGAUUUUUUCGCCUUAACCACGUUAAGGGGUGAAACGGGGGAGGGGCGCGAGAACGAAAUCACAGCGUCGAAAUUGGUAGAACGUGGAAGUACAACGACAUCAAUUAAUCGAAAACAAAAACACGAUACAUAGAAAUGACAUUUUUCGAGAUAACGAAAUACGGGAAAAAUAAAACAUAAAUGCAUCCGUCCUUAUUUACAUAAAACAACGUGUUACGCCUUCGUUUUAAGUUUGAUUUUUUUCUGAGCUCUGGUGCAUUUUGAUGCCUUCUUACAACCCCUCCCUCAACCCUCUAUUCCCUUCCUUGUAAUAAUGCCUUUAGCAGAAUAACAGGGGGAAGGGAAAAUUUUACAAAUGUCUAGAAGAAAAAAAAAUCAAAUUUAAAACGAACGCUUAAUACAACUUUUAUGCGCUAAGGUAUGGGUAACAAGGGGUCGUGUAUGUAUGUGUGUGUGUGUGCAGGCCUCUCCUAUUUUUUCCUACUAAGAUACGUGUUAAAAUCUUGGCCCCGGUAAUUUACAAAUCGGUUUUUUGUUCCGUUUCGUCAAAAUUAAAACAUUACCCACUAAGCGAUUAACAUUUAUAUAAAUGUAUAUAUAUUUUUUUAAUCGUUUAUACAUUUGGCGGGGCCGCUGAGCCCCGCUAAUCUGGUCUACUAUAUAUACUUAACGCGUUGUAUGCAACGCUUCGGCGUUUUCUUUCCUUUUUUUUAAAAUUUAAUAGUUCAAAUCUUAUGUACAAAUUGUUCUAAGUUACCGACGGUAUAUAUAUAAUAUAAUUAUACUUAUUACAUCUCUGAACCUCUCGAAACCUCUACUCUUUGGCAAAAACGAGUUAGAAUAACGCGCCCCUUGAUUCGAUACAAAAAUCGGUAUUUUUAUGAAUAUAAAUUGGCGAUAAUUUUUGGAACCGUUCCAACAACAUCGUUCUCUGUCCGACAACAGUAAAAAUUCGAGUGCGGCCAAGCCAAAUCCUCAAUUUUUGAAAUAAAAAAUACAACAUUUUAUUGAAAGGUUUGGUUUUGCAAAUGGCACCAGAAGAGUCGUUUUUCUUGUACUACUUUGGACAUUUUUAACUUAUUGACGUAAAACAAGUAUGGGAAAUGACAAAUUAAACUGUUUGAAAUAAGUAAUUUGAAAUUAAAUCAAUUGUAACCUAAAUCUUGAAGUCAAACAAAUGUCGGCGUCGGCAUUUCGUUAAUUUUUUCUUUUGUUAUAUGUGUUUUUUCCUUUUUUGAAUUCUAUUUUUGAUUUUUUAUAUUUACUUAUAUUUUUGAUUAAUAAAGACCAUUUAAUAUUAUUAUCAUAUUAAAAAGUUAAUUAAAAUUUUUGAAAAAGAAAAUGUAAAAACCACACAUUAGGACCAUAUUCAACUUGAAAUGAAUCUUUGUUGACGGUGCCGGAACGGUUAACUUAUUGACUUAAAAACACGUAGAUAAAAUAAAAAAGUAUAAGUAUUUAAAAAUAUUAAAAAUUCAAAGGAUAUUUUGUUAAACAAAAAGUAGAACAGGUUUGUUUAUGUCAAAAAUCGACCAAUUGCACGUCUAUCUCUGACAUUUUAAAACUUUUACCUCAAAAACCGUGGACAAAAUACACAUUACUGCCUUUCGGUCAGAAAAAAAAACAUGUUGGAUCACCAAAAAUUGCGACCAGCAUACCAAUCACCGGGGGAGAGGGCGGGGCUAAAAAUGCGGUAAGUACAGUGCUGCGGCCGGUGGGAAAGGGGCUAAAAUGGAUGCCGUUCGCUAAACCAACAUGGUCAAUAUGUUUUCGCCUAUAAUCAGUCUAUCGGCAUCUCUGUCGUUUAAUCGUUUCUCUUUCGGUUUGUACAAGUUUUGUAUAUACACAUACAUCAACGAAAAAAAAAAAAAAAAAACAAAUAAAUUACUACACGAAAGCCUCUAACAGGGUCAAGAUUACGUCCCUCAUUCUCGCACUCACACUCUCGUUUAGAAUUGUAAAAACGUAAACAACAACAGAAACAUAACAACCCGUGCGAAGCGGCGUCGGGGGGAGGGGGUGCGGAUCCGUCCCUCUUGCAAAACGCUGCGUCUACACCAUUGUAUUUUGGCAGUUUAAAAUAUACACGCAAACUACCGCGGUUCGGCGACCUAUUCUCCCUCUCUGUUUACGACUAAAUAAAUUAUCAUAAUAUCACAAUUUUUCGCUUCCUUUAUCUUUUGUACAAUAAAAAUCAACUACGAUAAAAAAACGAAUCUUUUUUUCCUAUUUACAGAGCGCGAUAUCGCGGUCGAUCGUUUUAAAAAAAUAUCAUCUCGCUCGUUCUGAGUAUUUUUUUUGUUUGGAUAUUUGUUUCGAAAACUCUUUGUACCCGCGUUCAAAUUUUACCUCGUCAGAGCGAUAAAAAAUUAUCACGUAACACCCGAUGAAUCGCGACUGCCAACCGAAC